GCUUAAACAAAAGUUUAAUAAACUACGUGCAAUGCACCGUGAGUUCUCUGAUCUUUUAAAGCAUACUGGAUUUGGUUGGGAUGCUGAAACUAACACAGUGCAUGCUCUUGAGGAAACCUGGCAAAAUUACAUUCGGGCACACCCAAAUGCAAAAAGAUUCCGCUCAAAGGGAUGCCCAAACUACAACGUGCUGGUAUUGAUCUUUAAUCCAUCAACAACAACCGGUGCCCUCCACUACUCUUCCACCCAAGAUCCACCAAACACUGAUGAUGAAGAUGAGAUGGAUGACAAUUUGGAACAUGGUGGAGUGCAUGUGGAUGUAGAUACUAAGAUCCCUGAUGAUCUUCCACAACCAGAAAUGGCAGGAGGAGUGACCACCCGUUCUGGAAAGCGUGUAACUGAUUCUCUAUUAGAGCGUAGAGGUAAGAAAGAAUCCAGAUUAAGUCAAAUGGGAGAUGCUUUGAAAGCUUGGGUUGAGGCAUCAAAGGCUAGAACAGAAACAUCUUGAGCUAGAACUGAGGCAUUAUUGGCUAGAGUGGACAGAUAUAAGAGUGGAACUAGUAGUGAAGCUACUAGUGGAGGUACCACUGAUUUUAGCAUA